GGUUCUUUGGCCAAGGCGUCGCCGACGGCCAGACGUGCGGCAUAGUCACCUCCUUGGCAACUGGGUUUCCGAUUUCCUUGGGACGUGGUCAUCCACACGCCCUUUCUGGCACCCCGCGUGACCUUUGCCCCUUUCACACCUCAACCUGCGGCUGGCCCUUGGCCAGCGCCGACGACGUGCUUGGCCUUGCAUGGGCCUUUUCUCCAAUGCUCCGCUGCCAGCGGGAGGAAACUCCUUUGCCUUCCGGCCUGCUGAGGAAAAUUGCCCAUCUCUUCCAGGGCCUGUCCAGAGGCAUUCCUGCCGUCAGCGAAGCGAGGGUGUGCAGGGAAGGGGGGUGGGAGAGAGUGCGAGUGCGACCUCGGGCACUGGGAGCAAAGAGACCAGGCGGAUGAAACAUUAACCGCGCCUCGUGCAUCUGGUGGGGCGGCUGGCAACCUCUGGGGUCUGCAAAGGGAAAAGAGGGGGGGUCUCUCUUUCCAGGAGCAAGCUCAGCUAGGAAACCAGGCUGCAUGCAUAGCCCCAGCCGGGGCGCAGGCGGAGAGUGCUGAAAGCUUUCCUGUGCUCAGACCUCUCCGCAAGGGAGGAUGGCAGCGUUGCUGUUCGUGGUGAUCCAAAGAGGCAAGCAGGGGAAGGUCCGCCUGCGGUGCUCUUCAGAAGGGGAUGCCCGGGCCCUCUGAGAGGCUGGGUGUUGGCGAAGAGGCUUGUUUCACCAGAUGUGCCGAGGGCCGGCAACAAGACCACGUUCCAGGGCACACGCAGCUGGCUCCGCCGAUUGCUGCUGAUCUGCUCCAAAGUCUUUCCUCGACAAGCUGGUCGAACUUCCUGCCGUCUGGAGAAGGUGGGGGGAGGCAGAGAGAGUGACCCCCCUGCCCUUCCUUCCUGGGACCGAGAGCCCGUCCGGUUGGCCGCACCAAAAUCACCACCAAUGGCCCGCGAUGGAGCAGGCGGGGUCCGCUAGUCUCUAGGACCAUGAAGUUUUGGCUAUGGGGAUAUCUGGUGAGUAAGCGCUCUCUCCUGCAGCUGCCAAGGGGGAGGUCAUCUUCAGGGUGCCAGCCACAGCGAUCGAUCGGGAUUGGGCGAGUGCCAAAGGAAACGGGCCAGCGGCAGAAGCAGCGAGCUCCUAGCUCAGGGAAAGGAGAUCUCGGAGCGCGAAGGGAUCUAGGCCAGGCUGCUGAGGUCUCAUCGGCACAAGACCCUCCGCAGGCUGCUAGAGAGGCUCUUUCCUUUCCUGCUAGUGUUGGAACUCCUGGCCCCGCCAGCAUUGCUCACCCCAUUGCACCCCAUCUGCGACCCCCGAGUCAUGGACAAGUACAUCCUGGAAGCCCAGUGGGCCGAUCAAGACAUCGCGAGGGUCUGUGCUGCCUCCUGUGGCUUGUCGGAAACUGUCCAGGUGCCAGACACCAAGGUGAAUUUUCUUGAGUGGAAAAUGAUGACUAGAGCCAGGCAGGCAUCCGAGGUCUGGGGCGGCCUGGCCCUGCUCCUGACAGCCUUGAGCCAAGCCCAAGAGCGCCACCCAGCCACGCUGGAUCAACUGGCCAGGAUGAGGAGUGCCUUGCUCAGCGUCAGGGAAAUCCUUCGCAGUGUCAACGUGGAGGCAGACGCCAGACUGCUGGACACGCCCCCGACCCCCACGUUGAACAUCCGGACAGUGGAGAAGCUCCUCAGCAUCUACCUGAACUUCCUUCGUGGAAAAGCCAACUUGUACAUCACUGAAGCCUGUCGGAAUUACGCCAGGUGACAGCGGGAGGCUUGCUCCUCUCGCCACUCGCCCUGCGGCCCCCGUUGCGGGGGGGACUCACUGUGUUGCCAGGUGGUAGCCUGACCGACUGCCAAGCCUCAGCCGCACAAACGCACCCGCGCACACGCACGCAUGCGCACCAGGGCUCCCUGGGGACGGAGUUGCUCUGUCCGUGGGGAACCCAUCCCUCACUAGGACUGGGGCCUGAGGGGCAGCGGCCAGGCCCUCCUGCAGGCCCACCCACCCACCCACCCCACUCAGGAGUGCAGGAACCGGAGCUGGCGGACACAGGGCUGUGCCAGGAACAGGUGGAGGCCUAAUGUCCACGUCUGCCCUGCAGCUCCAAGCAGAGAGGGGAAGUUCUGGAUUCCAACCAAUAUUCCCCCGUCACCAGGGACCCUAAAGCCUCGCGAGGCGGCCUGGAGCCAGCUAACCCCAUCAGCCCCGCUCUGUGUGGCUCGCAGCUCCAGGGGUCGGGGGUGCCGCCUGGGCAGGCCUCCUCUCGGUGGGACCGACUGUUGACGUGGCCCAGGGCUGAAGCAGGGCCAGCCCCGCGGGGGCUUCUUGCCUCAGCCCUCUGGGAGAAUGGCCUCCUCCGGGUGAGUUUGCAGGGCCCUUCCACCCGCCCCCCCCCCCGUGCCCCAACAGCUGCCGUUCCCUGAAGUCUACCAAAGAAAGGAGCAGAUCGAAUAAAUGGAGACCAGCUUCAUUUGGAAAGGUCUUAUGUAAAUAAAUGCUGGGAAGGGGCAUUUAGAGUGGAAAGGGGAGGCAGUUCUCAUGCUCAAGCCAAGACAAGUGAUUGACGGCUGCCAUGGGGCUGCAGAGAACUUCUCUGCCCAGCCAGGGGUUGUUUUGCGGCUGUUUCUCAGAAGGGGAAAAUGGACUUCAGCACCCUGUUCCAGAGAUGUCUUUGUACAUACGUGUAUAGUUUUGUUCCAGGGACUUUCUGAGAGUUUAUAUUUGAUAUUAAGUUAAAGGUGUGAAAUAUUCUGUAUAUUUAUCUCAUGAGAGCUUUGGUGGAAGUCGACUUUGAGAUGGGAAGGAGUCCCUUGGCAGAUGGGGCA